AACCGCUCAACCGCAUACCAAUUCCAGCGAUCAUGGCGGACGAGAGCUGCAUAUAUGCUAAGCUCACCCCGAGCAAUGUCGCCGCGAAGCUGGCUUUCAGUGCCGUCGCCGACAGCCUUCUUACCGCUCAACAGCCGUUAUAUCACAGAUCCUUCAUGGACAUUAGCUCUACCAAACAAUCCGACGCCGAAGUUGCAGCGUUUCUAUCUCGCAACCAAGAUGCUAGUCUAAGUGACACGCCAACAGAGCCGGACACGGAGACUGAACGCGAAUGGGAAAAGGAUGCGCGGCUGUCUAUCUGGACAGGCUCAUACAUCAUCGACUUGCGGAGCGAGCACGUCAAUUCGUCGGCUUCAUGGACGGCCGGUCGAGGACGAACUGGUGCGGUGCAGGACGUCCAGUUCCUCCUGUGUCCACGCAAGCAGAAAGCCCAGGUGCGAGGCAUCCACGCCCAUUUCACAGUCCAUCCAGACACUGGCUUUAUCCGUGUCCAGCAGAGACAGAUAAACGCCAGCACAUGCGUAAACGGUGAGGAAACCGAACGAGCUAUCCACAUCAACGGCGCAACAGCCAGAAUCGCGAUCGGAGAUCUUAUGUACAACUUUGCAUACGCAGGCUGAACAACACUCUGGACGCUACGUAUAUGCUCACGCCCACGCCUUCUACAAACAGACGAACCGUCGGGAAGUGGGCUUUCUCAACCGAAAUAGGUAUUGGUGCCUAGGGCAAGGUGUACGCUGCCACAAAUACCCAUGGGGAGACCGUCGCGCUCAAAAUCAUCAGCCGCACAAGGAAAGAUUGGGAAAUCGUGAACUAGCAAAUUGAAAGGCUACAGGAUCUGAGCAAAAUCAUCCAAGCUAAUAACCCUGGAAGAGUCUCCUUCCUCCAAGAGGCCCUAUAUGCCGAAGGAAAUAGCGC